AUGGCGCUCGCAAGGCAAGUGCUUUGUGUGUCUGCUUUCCUGUGGCUGCCGCUCGCUCGCGCCGAGCCCAUCCGCUACUCCGUAGCCGAGGAGGCGGAAAGCGGCUCCGUGGUGGGCGAGCUGGCGGAGGAUGCGGGGCUGACGCCGGCGCAGCUCUCGGCUCGCCGCGCCCGCCUGGUCUCGGAGGACGGCCGGCAGCAUUUUCGCUUAGAGCGCGCCUCGGGCCGCCUCGUCGUGGCGGGCAGGCUGGACCGGGAGGAGCUGUGCGCCCAGUCGGCCACCUGCAUGCUCCCCUUCGAGCUGCUCCUCUCCAACCCCCUCCAGUUCUUUCGGGUCGAGGUGACUCUCGAGGAUAUCAAUGACCAUUCGCCAGUUUUCCCCGAGGAUCAAGUCACUUUUGAUAUCUUGGAAAAGAGUGACCCAGGUUCUCAUUUCCCUCUUGAGGCGGCUCAGGACCUCGAUAUUGGCAGCAACACCGUCCAGGAGUACAGCAUUAGUCCUGAGAAUUACUAUUUUAGAGUCUCUUAUGGAAGUCGGAUCACAGGCAAGAAGUAUCUGGAACUGGUCUUGGAAAAGCCAAUGGACAGAGAGGAGCAGGCAGAAAUGAGUUUCAGUCUUAUUGCCGUGGAUGGAGGCUCUCCUCCCAGAAGAGGCACUACAGAAGUGAAAAUUGUCAUUCUAGAUGUAAAUGACAAUGCUCCCAUCUUCACACAGGACGAGUACAUUGGACAGGUUUCUGAAAACAUGCCAGAAGGCUCUGUGGUUCUGACUGUGCAGGCAACUGAUCCAGAUGCAGGAAUUAAUGGGGAUAUUUCCUAUCAACUCAGCCAGGCAGUGGGAAAGAGUGACUCAGCAUUUGUGAUUGAUAACAAAACUGGUGAAAUCAAAAUCACAAAACCUCUGGACUAUGAGGCAGCACACAUGCAUGAGCUCAGUGUGAGGGCCAGAGAUGGAGGGGGGCUCUCAGCAAUCUGCAAGGUGUUGGUGGAGGUGGUGGAUGUGAAUGACAACGCCCCAGAGCUGGUGGUCAGUUCCUUCAGCAGUCCCCUCCCCGAGAACACAGUGCCCGGCACGGUGGUUGCCCUGUUCACGGUCAGGGACCGGGAUUCUGGUGCCAACGGGAAGAUCACCUGUGCCCUGGAGGAUCAGCUCUUCUUCUCCCUGCGGCCAGCCUAUAAGAAUUACUAUGAGCUGGUGACAGUGAGCGGGCUGGACCGCGAGGAGACGCCUCAGUACGUGCUCAGGGUGACGGCAGCAGAUGCGGGCUCGCCUCCUCUCACAAGCACGCACACCUUCACCGUGGACAUCUCGGACGUCAAUGACAAUGCGCCCGUCUUCAACCAGACCUCCUACACCAUGUACGUGUGUGAGAACAACGUCGGCACGGUGUUUGUAGGAGCCGUGAGCGCUGCAGAUGCUGACGUGGGGCUGAAUGCCAAGGUGAGCUAUUCGCUGGCACCAGAGCAAGGGCCAGAGCGGGCCCGGUGCUCCUGCAUCUCGGUGAACUCGGAGAACGGGCACGUGUUUGUGCUGCGGCCCCUGGACUACGAGCACUUGAGGCAGAGCGAGGUGACGGUCAGUGCCUCUGACGCGGGCUCUCCUCCCCUCAGAGCCAACGUCACCGUCCGCCUUGUGGUGCUGGACGAGAACGACAACGCACCGCUCGUGCUCUACCCGGCCCAGGAGAGCAGCCCGGCCUCCAGCGAGCUGGUGCCUGUGUCGGCCGAGGCGGGCUACCUCAUCAGCAAAGUGGUGGCCGUCGAUGCCGACUCGGGACAGAACGCCUGGCUCUCCUACCACCUGCUGAGGGCCACCGACCCGGGGCUCUUCUCCGUGGGCCUGCAGAGCGGCGAGGUGCGUCUGAGGAGGCCGGUGACAGAGAGAGACAGCGUCAAGCAGAAGCUCCUUGUGCUGGUCAGAGACAACGGCCAGGCCCCGCUCUCAGCCACGGCUGCUCUGAGCGCUCUCCUGCUCAAGGACUUCUCCGACGUGCGCCUCCCGCACGCCAGCCCACCCACCGAGGAUCAGGACGCCUCCCUGACCACCUACUUAAUUCUUGCCUUGGUCUUUGUCUCCCUUCUCUUCCUCAUCUCCACCGCAGUCCUGCUGGCUCGCAAGGUGUGCAGGAGGAAGGAGCUGAAGGCCGGCCAUGUGCUCUAUGCUGCCGACACCUUGCAGAGCGGCCUGGCCGAUGCAGCCGCCACAGGGACCCUGCCCCGCCCCUAUUGCUACGAGAUCAGCCUGACAACGGGCUCGGGCAACAGCGAGUUCAGAUUCCUCAAGCCCAUCCUGCCCAGCCUGCCCCCACAGCACUGCGCCGAGGGCCAGGGCCCCGAUGAGGAACAGGAUUUCCCCGCUGUCCCUGUCAGCACUGAGGACAUGGCCCCAGACAAUGCUGGCACUCUCUCUGCAGGACAGUUCAAUGCUCUUUCCUUCAACUACCGCGUUCCGUUGCUGGCCCCGGGUGUCCCGGUGGGUUCGGGAUCGCGGGCCGGGCCGAGCGGCAGCGCGGGCUGCGAGCGGCGGCGGCUGCAGUCCCAGCGCGCACCGCUGGGUGGUGCCCUCGGCCAAGGCGACGCCGAGAGCGGCUGCGGCAGCGGAGGCGGCCGAGCCCGGAGCUCCACAGCCCGACUUAGACCAGCACAGCUCAGCCGGGCGGAGGUGGCAGCGGCUGCAGCAGCGAGCGCUGCCCCGUGUAACUCGCUGCCGGUACACCCCGGCUGCGUUACGGAGCGCCGGCCGGAAUCCCAGACAGCGAGGGAAGGCGCCCGCCCCGCACUUCGCCGCUCUCCGCCGGGAAUCGCCCACGACACCCGCCGCGACACCGACACCGCCGCCGCAUCCACGCCAUGGCGCUCGAGGCAAGUGCUUUGUGUGUCUGCUUUCCUGUGGCUGCCGCUCGCUCGCGCCGAGCCCAUCCGCUACUCCGUAGCCGAGGAGGCGGAAAGCGGCUCCGUGGUGGGCGAGCUGGCGGAGGAUGCGGGGCUGACGCCGGCGCAGCUCUCGGCUCGCCGCGCCCGCCUGGUCUCGGAGGACGGCCGGCAGCAUUUUCGCUUAGAGCGCGCCUCGGGCCGCCUCGUCGUGGCGGGCAGGCUGGACCGGGAGGAGCUGUGCGCCCAGUCGGCCACCUGCAUGCUCCCCUUCGAGCUGCUCCUCUCCAAUCCCCUCCAGUUCUUUCGGGUCGAGGUGACUCUGGACGAUAUCAAUGAUCAUUCCCCUAUUUUCCCUGAUGAACGAGUGACUUUUAAGGUUCCAGAAACUAGUGACCCAGGUUCUCGUUUCCCACUGGAGGGUGCUCAGGACCUCGAUAUUGGCAGCAACACAGUCCAGGAGUACAGCAUCUCUCCCGAGAACGACUACUUUACUGCAUCCUAUGGGACUGGGAUUUCAGGCAAGAAAUAUCUUGAACUGGUCCUGGAAAAGCCACUUGACAGAGAGGAACAGGCAGAGAUGAGUUUAAGUCUUAUUGCUGUGGAUGGGGGCUCUCCUCCCAGGAGUGGCACAACAGAAGUGAAAAUCGUCAUUCUGGAUGCAAAUGACAAUGCUCCCAAAUUCACACAGGAGGAGUACAUGACAAAGAUUUUAGAAAACAUUCCAGAAAACUCUGUGGUUUUGACUGUUACAGCAACUGAUCCAGAUGAAGGAGUUAAUGGGGAUAUUUCCUAUGAACUCAGCCAGGCAGUGGGACAGAGUGACGCAGCAUUUGUGAUUGAUCCCAUAAGUGGUGAAAUUAAAAUCACAAAACCUCUGGACUUUGAGGUAGCAGAGCAUCAUGAAUUCCGUGUGAGAGCUAUAGAUGGAGGGGGCCUCUCAGCAAUCUGCAAGGUGUUGGUGGAGGUGGUGGAUGUGAAUGACAAUGCCCCAGAACUGGUGGUCAGUUCCUUCAGCAGUCCCCUCCCCGAGAACACAGUGCCCGGCACGGUGGUUGCCCUGUUCACGGUCAGGGACCGGGAUUCUGGUGCCAACGGGAAGAUCUCCUGUGCCCUGGAGGAUCAGCUCUUCUUCUCCCUGCGGCCAGCCUAUAAGAAUUACUAUGAGCUGGUGACAGUGAGCGCGCUGGACCGCGAGGAGACGCCUCAGUACGUGCUCAGGGUGACGGCAGCAGAUGCGGGCUCGCCUCCUCUCACAAGCACGCACACCUUCACCGUGGACAUCUCGGACGUCAAUGACAAUGCGCCCGUCUUCAACCAGACCUCCUACACCAUGUACGUGCGUGAGAACAACGUCGGCACGGUGUUUGUAGGAGCCGUGAGCGCUGCAGAUGCUGACGUGGGGCUGAAUGCCAAGGUGAGCUAUUCGCUGGCACCAGAGCAAGGGCCAGAGCGGGCCCGGUGCUCCUGCAUCUCGGUGAACUCGGAGAACGGGCACGUGUUUGUGCUGCGGCCCCUGGACUACGAGCACUUGAGGCAGAGCGAGGUGACGGUCAGUGCCUCUGACGCGGGCUCUCCUCCGCUCAGAGCCAACGUCACCGUCCGCCUUGUGGUGCUGGACGAGAACGACAACGCACCGCUCGUGCUCUACCCGGCCCAGGAGAGCAGCCCGGCCUCCAGCGAGCUGGUGCCCGUGUCGGCCGAGGCGGGCUACCUCAUCAGCAAAGUGGUGGCCGUCGAUGCCGACUCGGGACAGAACGCCUGGCUCUCCUACCACCUGCUGAGGGCCACCGACCCGGGGCUCUUCUCCGUGGGCCUGCAGAGCGGCGAGGUGCGUCUGAGGAGGCCGGUGACAGAGAGAGACAGCGUCAAGCAGAAGAUCCUUGUGCUGGUCAGAGACAACGGCCAGCCCCCGCUCUCAGCCACGGCAGCUCUGAGCGCUCUCCUGCUCAAGGACUUCUCCGACGUGCGCCUCCCGCACGCCAGCCCACCCACCGAGGAUCAGGACGCCUCCCUGACCACCUACUUAAUCCUUGCCUUGGUCUUUGUCUCCCUUCUCUUCCUCAUCUCCACCGCAGUCCUGCUGGCUCGCAAGGUGUGCAGGAGGAAGGAGCUGAAGGCCGGCCAUGUGCUCUAUGCUGCCGACACCUUGCAGAGCGGCCUGGCCGAUGCAGCCGCCACAGGGACCCUGCCCCGCCCCUAUUGCUACGAGAUCAGCCUGACAACGGGCUCGGGCAACAGCGAGUUCAGAUUCCUCAAGCCCAUCCUGCCCAGCCUGCCCCCACAGCACUGCGCCGAGGGCCAGGGCCCCGAUGAGGAACAGGAUUUCCCCGCUGUCCCUGUCAGCACCGAGGACAUGGCCCCAGACAGUGCUGGCACUCUCUCUGCAGGACAGUUCAAUGCUCUUUCCUUCACUUAGCUGUAGUCUGCAGAGACAGAGGCUUCAUGACCCAUGUGGGGAGGGGAUCCUGGCUGCAGCAUGUGGGAAUUGAUCCUCCACGGUAAAUAUAUUUCUAAGUCACGUAGCCAAUCUACAAAAAUUCCAAGUCAAUGUAAAAUUUUUUUCUUCUCCGAAAACUCAAAUAAUGAAAAAAGAUACUCUGAUUCUUUCCCUCAGGCAGUAGGAUAUUACCCCUCUUUCCUAGCCAUUUCUAAUAGCCUUUAAUAAUGCGCUCACCCUUUGCUCUUGUGUCUCUUCCUGUUACAUCAGAAUUUUUUAUUCUUUGUUAUAGCUCAGUGGCACUGUUGUGAACACUGAUGUCACACUUGCUGAUAUGACAGACCGGCCUUUUCCCCAGAAAUACAAGGUAGUUCUAAAUACUGAAUCACCAUGUUCUGUUAGCACAAGUUGUUUUUUUUUUUUCUGGGAUUCUGGAUGUCUCUGCCUUAGAUAUGUGGGCUCUAUGUGUUACACUUUUUUCUCUGUGCAUCUGUUGGCAUGACCAUUGGGCAUCUGCAGAUGCUUCACUAGUGCUGCGCAGUGAAAAUGGGUGUUGCUCCCAUCCAGCCACUGCACUGCAGUCCUUUCUAGGUCUGCAGGCAAGAAGGCUGCAGUUUUGAUCCUUCCAGGGCAGAGCAGAGCAGCAAAACACUCAAGAAAAUUUCCUCUUGGCCUAUAAGAUUUGGGUUGGUGUACUGUCUCCUUGGGAUUGCCUUUGAAAUACAUCAGCGUCAGGACCAUCUGAGUUUGGUCAGCCUAUAACUGUACAGAUUCAUGAAAACAUAUCCAUUGUCUUUGUCUACAUGAAAAUGCCACAUGUCCAUCAACAAUAAUAUUCUGAAGAUCACAUAAAGACCUCCAAAGCAGGACUUUGAUUUUUCUUUCACAUUCUUAUUUCUGAAUACAUUUGCUUCUAGCUUGGACUAGAAAGUAUUCCAACAUGACUGUGUCAAUUUGUGCUAGAGCAUGUACAUUCUGCAUUUUGCCCUUCCUUCUUCUACUCUCGCACCUGUACUGGGCAUUGUUUAGCCUUUUUCCUCUAGAGAAGCAGUGCAACCUGGCAUAUAAUACCUGGUUGUUUGAAUAAUGUCCGUGAUGCGUGGAAUAUUCAGAAAGCCUCGCGGAGUGUUGUGCUGAAGUUAUACAGUGUAACAUUUAAACUUGUAAACCUCUGAAUUUAACAAUUAAGCACAGAAUGUUAAACUGAAUUCGAGAGAACACCUUUAAUCUUUUUGUGGAGGCGAAAGACUUUCUAGGGACUUUCUUUCUGGGAAAGCUCCUUGAAGGGUUUUGAAAAUCCUGCCAGUCUCUUUCUCACUGUGCUCCUUCACAGAAGCAAUGUUGGGCGGGUACAGCUCCUGAGUGGAGGUGCAGGCGGGAGAGUGCUCAUUGGCAUGUCCGUGCAUUUAGAACCUCCCUAUCUCCGACAGAUUUGUGCUGUCGAGCAAGGCGCUUGGUGGUUGUGAGCUCAGCCUCGUCUUCAGGCUUUCCUGGUGAAGGCCGCGUU